AUGUCCUUAGCUAUACCGAUCACUAUAGCUUUCUCCUGCUACAAUUCGAUCGUUACAGCACCAGCACCUUCUAAACAGUCAGAGGCAGGUGCGCUUUUCUACAGCGGGCGGUGGCCUCCCUCUGUCACUACCUUACCUCAUUGCGAAUGGCCUGGGGUAUUAUGCGACGCCUAUGGGAGCGUCAACGGGAUUCGCUUGCCAUAUGAGUACCAAAUAGGAGAUAAUCUCAGGGGUAUUAUUCCUAAUAGUGCUUUUCCCGACGACAAAGAUUUGACCCAAUUUUCUGAAACCCAAGGCCGCAAAAGAAGGUCUAGCAAUAUUGAUUUUAUGGUGGUGUUCAUUCCACUUGUUGUGAUUUCUUGUAUAGUGGUCGAAUAUUGCUUUCUAUUUCGACAUGCAACAAAAACAGAGCAACCAGAGACUACAGAGAAAAAUGGAAAUUUCUUGUCAAUAUGGAAUUAUGACGGGAGGAUUGCAUAUGAAGACAUAAUUGAUGCAACAGAGGACUUUGAUCUUAGAUAUUGCAUCGGGACUGGUGGUUAUGGUAGCGUCUAUAGAGCACGAUUGCCCAAUGGGAAAGUUGUGGCAUUGAAGAAACUUCACUGUCCUGAAGCAGAGGACCCGUCCUUCGACAAGAGCUUUCGAAAUGAAGUGAAACUCUUGACAGAAGUAAGGCAUAGAAGCAUAAUCAAGCUCCAUGGUUUCUGCUUACACAAGCGAUGCAUGUUCUUAGUUUAUGAAUAUAUGGAAAAUGGGAGUCUAUUUUGUGCUUUGAGAGAUGACAUUGAAGCUGUAGAAUUGGAUUGGUCCCAAAGAGUCGAUCUCGUUCGAGAUAUGGCACAUGCUUUGUCUUACAUGCACCAUGAGUGCACUCGGCCAAUUGUUCAUCGAGACAUAUCUAGUAAUAACAUCUUACUUAAUAGUAAAAUGCAAGCUUUUGUAUCAGAUUUUGGCACUGCGAGACUUCUAGAUCAUGAUUCCUCAUCUAACUUCACUGCAAAUAUCGCUGGCACCUAUGGAUACAUUGCACCAGGGUGGGGUGCCGCACAUAGUUAUGUGGGCCACGAUGAAGAGGGAAAAGUUGACCCUCGUGGGGCGGGCGGCUAA